AUGUUCAUCAUAAUAACAUCUGAGAUGAAUUCUAAUGCUCUGCCAAUAGAUGUUCUAGAGUUAGCAACUAACAACAUACCUGCCAGAGAUUUACAAAGAUUUAUCACUAAAUUUAGAGAUGAUAAAAGCU